GUGCCCGUCUGCGCGCAGUGAGCAGUGCGGCUCCACUCGCGAGGGCCACGAGCUGCUUGCGUUCACAACUCCAAGCCUGGGCUGUAGUCCGGAGCGGCCGGGUGAGGUGAAGAAGCUGUCUGAGCCCACGCGCCACUGCAGCGGAGGACGUCCCUAGCGGACAGCAGGAGCUGCAGGGCCGGCUGCCCCGCGACCCCUGGAGAAUGGCCUGGCCGGCGGAGGGGACCCGGGAGACGGUGCGAGUGGCGGAGGGGCAGGCGGAGGUGACCUGCAUGGGGGCGGACGGUAACUGCCUCUUCCACGCCGUCAGCCACCAGCUGCGCGCCGUGGGCGGGGUCCAGGACGCCGUGGGCGUGGAGGCCGGCAGCCCGGACCACGCCAGGCACGCAGACUUGCUGCGGCGGCAGGCGGCCGCGUACAUCAGGGCCAACCCCGACCGGCUCGUGGCGGCGUUAGACGCGGCCGCUGUGGACGACCCGCAGGGGUACGCGCCCUACAGGGGCGAGGACGGGCGCCUCGCGGACAUCCCGGGGGCGGCCGGCCGCCUCGCCUCGAGGCUGGAGACGGACUCCGAGUGGGCGGGCGAGGAGGCGCUGGUCGCGCUGGCCGCGGUCUACCAGACCCGCAUAGAGGUCUACUACGAGGCGCGGCCAGGCGACGCACCGCCCUGCCGACCCGUCGACCCGCCCGAUGUGCGGCCGGGGCCCCCGCUCAGGACGCUCAGGAUAGUCUACCGGCUGAGCAGGGCUGGCGACGGGCCGCGGGUCCACUACGACAGCCUGCAGAGCUGCACGCCCGCACCCGCGGAGGAGGAGGGGGGGAGGUCGACCAGAGCGCAGCCUGGGAGCGGACCGCAGCGAGACCCUCCACCAGCUGACGACCAACCGAGACGACCUCUGACCCGCAGGAAUCCCAAGGAGCUGCAGGAGAGAGUGCAAAACCAAGCACUCGGACCCGUGGGGGAAGGGAUGCGAAUGCAGCCGGGGGCUGGACCACAGCGGGGCCCUGCGGCAGCCGGCAGGUGGCCGAGGAUGCCCGCGGAGCUGCAGGAGGUCGUCCUGGCGCUGCGCAGCGGCCCCGUGGCGCCGGGAAGGCUGACCGGCGCGCUGCUGCUCGCGAUGCGGCGGGGGAACGAGGAGCACUUCGCGAAGCUGUGUGCCGCAGCGGGCCCCGCGGUGGGCCGGCCUGCCCUGGAGGACGCGCUGGACGAGGCCUGGCGCACGGCCUGCGCGCUCAACCUGCCGCUCAGCGAGGACAUGAAGCUGUGUGUUGUGGGCAGCCUCACGCUGCUCCGCUACCGCCUGUCCCGGACGGACCCGGCGAGUGACGCGCCGCCAGCCGCCGACGCCCUGGUCCGGUGGCACGAGCUGUGGGGCCGGGUGGACCUGCUGCUGGAGUACUCGCGGCGCCUCCAGGACGAGCUGGAGCGGCUCCAGGGCCACGACCGGGCGCCGGGCAGCGCGGACAAGAGUGUGGUGCUGGCCAGGAUGUGCGCCCUGGCCGUGCACAACGUCAAGGGGUCCUUCUUGUCCACCUACAAGGACGUGCCAUGGGAGGAGAUGGAGUACCUCCUCGUCAUGUUCAUCGAGGCGCGCACAGUGCCUGUGACCCUGGCCCACGUCGUGGCGACUACCUUGAGCACCGCGGCCCACCUGAGGUGCUUCAGGGGGCGGGUGGAGAAGUACGUGCUGGUGCACCGCGCCGAGCCCGACCCGGAGGCGGCCAUGAAGAGGCUGAAGAAGGAGCCUCGGAAGGAGAGGGCUGCCCUCUUUGGCGGAGUGGUGGACAGCGCCCUCGCCGAGCUACGAAAGAACUUUGCCUUGCUGAGGGACUGGCACUCCCUGGAGGAGAUCAACAAGACCCUGAGCGUCACCUGCGAGGCGCUCCGUCUGGAGGACGACACUUGGUCGGCUUGGGGCUGGCUGGCCCUGCGGUGGGGGCUGUUCGUGGUGGGGGAGAGGGUGAAGUACUCCUGGACCUCACCGAACCUGUCCCCCAGCUGGGCCGUCCUCGUUGAGGCCAUAGCGCCCGGCGGCGUCCUGGAGGUAAUGUCUGCCAUCCGUGACGACCAGGAGCACGGGGAGAGCGAAUCCAACGCCAAGACACUGGCCUUGCCGAAGAAGACGGAAUCCGAGAGAAAGGAUCUGGCAGAGGAGUUGCAAAAACUGACGAGGGCAGCUCGAGCGGCUCUGGAGGCGGCAGAAGGUGAGGUGGAGUGGACAGACGACAGUGACUGGGAGGGGAGGGAUAGAGUGACGGUAGCCAAGGCCAAGGCAGACAAGGAGGAUAGGAAAGACCUAAUAGGCGAAGAGCUUCUCAAAAUACUGCGACCGGCAAAACAUAAAGCGAGAUUGAGUUUUGAAAAAAUAAGUGCGUUAGUCCAUGGCCAAAUAAAAUCCCAUUUAAAGCGGCGUUUCAAUUUAUCAUCAAUAUCACUUUCAUUUGCACUUGAACACAUCCCGGAGGCUGCGCCGCGGGUCUCCCGCCUUCUUCUUUACAAGAGCGCGGAGCACACCGAAAGCUUCCAGGCUGAGCUUCGUGACGUCACUCCAUCAGUGAGUAGCCCACCAUUUGGGACUCUGGGGGACGCGAUCACGGCCCUGGCCGCCGCUCCCGAGGGGCCGCUCACUACCUUCGCUAUCAACGGAGCUCUGCGGGAGCUUGCGUCCCGCUGGCACGAGCGCGACAAGGUGACGCCCACGACCGUGCCCUUAUUCUCCCCCGCCCUGUUCGGCCGCCAGCUGCGGAACUACCUCAACCACCUCGACGAGGUCUUCAGGUCCCCUUUCGAGCUGAAUGCCCUUUACAAUCUGCUCAGAGUCAAGUGGACACCGCUGGAGCACGGCGCCAGGCCGCGGCCGCGUGACCCGCGGUGGUCCCGGGCCGAGAACGAGCGGCUGCUGCGCCUCGUGGAGCUGAAGAGCGACAUGUUCCGCUGCGCGAGGGAGGGUUACUUGUUCUGGCUGGAGCGCCUGGUGGAGGACGGCGCCGACGUGAGCGCCAGGGACUGCCAGGGCCGCACCCUGCUGCACGCUGCAGCCCAGGGCGGCCAGGCCCACGUGGUGCAGUGGCUGCUGGGGCUGGGCGCCGAGGCCGUGGACCCGCUCGCCGGGGACUGGGGUAGACACACAGCCCUGCACGUGGCUGGGACUGCGGUAACACGACGGUUCACAUAAUUUUUUUCA